GCCAAGAGCAAUAUGAAGACCUCCAUGAGCAUCAUCGUCUUCUUUGUGACCUUCAUUGCAGUUUCUGUUGCCUCCAUGGCCGAGACAAUAAACCCCGAGGAAGCUUGCAUAAGACAAAACAUUGCCAGGUCGCAACCACCAAGUCUCUCAGCCGAGUCCACUGAGAGACCAAAGUUCUAUUUUCUCGCAGACCAAUUCUGUAGAGAAGCUAGCCGUGUCGUUAUGUUUUACGUGAGGUUGAACGGGAAGUUCCCGUCUUACUACGUGAAGACAUUGUGCGAUGUAUUCGGAAACGAUGAAAAGAAGGUGAAGGAGUAUGUUGUGACGAGAUGGGUGGGAUUUUCAAAGCUUGCUUCUGCCCUAACUUGUGUUUCUCAUUGA